CUCUUCACCACCCUCCACACUGCCUUUCUCAAUGGCACCGGUCGACCUAGAAAACCUCUUCUGCGGCAGAGGAGCCUGCGAAUCAAAACUCUUCGUCUCCUCCGAUGAUCCGAUACUUGAAGAUCCCGACCUCCCUCCGGAAUCCGUCCAGGUACCAAUGGGCGACGUUCUCCGUUGGAUCAAACUAAACAAAGUCCUCGAUCGAGGACCAUCCACUAUCGGAAACGCUAACCCUAAAUCAUGCCGGAGUACCUCCAAGCCCAAAUCUUGCUUACAGAGGCUAAACGCCGGCGGAUCCAUCAAGCCGCCGAAUGGUCCGAUCCUCGGCCUCCCUAACUCCACUUUCCACGGCAACGUAUCUCGCCCGCUACCGACCCCUCGGAUCUUCCCUUUGAACUAUUCGAUAGAGAGGAAGCCAGCAGUUCUGGAUCCCGGAUCUCCGAAGGUUUCCUGCUUCGGUAGUGUUCUAUCGGAGGGAGAAAAGGAGCUCGGCCGUCGUAGUUCAGUUGGUGUUGGUGAGGCGGAGCUGGUAAAAGGGGUGGGGUGCUGGGCGAACUUGGCGAUGCUUUUUGGAUUCGCCGGUGUAUAUCCGGCAGUUUCCGGCGAGUUCGAAAACGACGUUAGUUGCACUACGAACUUCUCCGGCGAGGAGGAGAGGAAGACGGUGGAUUCGGCGGUGCCGGAACUGCAAGGGAUGAAGAGAUUCAAGUCCGGGAGGAGAUCGCGUUCGUGGUUGGAUGACGUGGAUGUCUCUAGCGGUGGACACGUGGUUUCGUUAGAGCCCUUGGAUAGGGAGUGCGCGUUGCGGCGGAGCUAAGAGCAAGGUAGAAAAGGAGGCGGAGUUUGAAAUAAUUACGUUAUAUAAAGUAUAAAAGUAAUGAACAUAGUAAUACACUACUUAUGAGGCAGUGCUAAAUAGGCUGUAAAAAAAUUAAAUAAGAGGCUAAUGUAAUUUUUUUAAAAUAGCGUUUAUUUUAGAGGGUAAAUCUUCUUUC